GAGGUAAAAAGACAAAUCGGAGGCAAAAUUGAGGGAGACGAACCACAUGCUCCCGCGAUACUUGAGGGUAUAAGGACCGCUCUCAAGAGCACGAUCGAAGUGGCUAUGGACCUUGUGCUUCCCUUUCCCGCUCUGAUCAAGCAGGGAGAGCUCGAAGAGAGCCCGAACAUCGGUGCCGUCGCUAGCCAAGGCAAUGAAGACGGAGACGUAGGCGGAGCCAUCCUCCGGGUUCUUGCCGUCGGGAUAGAAAUAGAUAGCCCACUGGUAACCGCCGACGGUGAAAGUGUCGCUGGCGAUGUGUUUCCCGAUCCCGAUUCCUUUCGCCAGAGAGUACCCCUUGAUUGUGAAGCUGUGCGAUCCGUUUAUGAGAAAAUGCAGCAAGAGUUACUACCACCACCGAAGAAGCCUCGUCUCGGAGAAGAAGCCCAAGAGAUUAUUCCGGCCACCGAUCCAUUUCUCCGAUGUGCGAAUUUGGUUCUUCCAUGGCUAAACCUUCAAGAGCUCGCCGCCGUAUCUCAAACCUGUAAAGCCUUAUCCUUAAUUUCGCAAUCCCUAACCUCCCGCCGAUCCCUCGACGCUGCACGGUCCCUCGAGAACCUCCCGAUCCCGUUUCGAAACGCCGUGGAUUCCAAACGAUACGCGUGUUUCGUCUACACACUUUAUCAGGUUCCAGCUUCCUCUCCUCCUCCGCGGCAGUGGUGGGGAUCUGCUAGUGACGAGUGUAAUUCCGACGGAGCUGGUGGCGAUAAUCCAGCUAGUCGAACCAGGUCAGUUUCAGAUUCGAUCCCGCAUUCAAAAUCCGAGAGCGCGUCGUCGAGGCUCUCUCUUGACUCAGUGAGUGAACGCGGACGGUUUGGGGUGAGUCUAGUGGACGAGUCGGGAGAGGGGGUGCAUGGAUGCGAGUGCGAGAGAUGCGAGGAAGGAUGCUGCCGGUGCUUAGCACUCGCGGGCAUGGAGGAGAUAGCCAACGAGUGCGGGUCGGGUUGUGGUUGCGGGUUGGAUUGUCCGAACCGGGUGACCCAGAAGGGGAUUUCGGUUCGUUUGAAGAUCGUAAGAGAUGAGAAGAAAGGUUGGUGUUUGUACGCUGAUCAGCUCAUCGAGAAAGGCCGAUUCAUCUGCGAAUACGCUGGCGAGCUAUUAACAACAGAUGAAGCACGUAGACGUCAAAAUCUCUACGAUAAACUCAGGUCAACGCGAUCUUUCUCUUCAGCGCUUCUGGUCAUACGUGAGCACCUCCCUUCAGGACAAGCGUGCUUAAGAAUGAACAUCGACGCCACGAGAAUCGGGAACGUUGCUAGAUUCAUAAACCAUUCUUGUGACGGAGGAAAUCUCUCCACCGUUCUGUUGAGAAGCUCAGGGGCUUUGAUUCCUCGGCUCUGUUUCUUUGCAGCAAGGGACAUCGUUGCAGAUGAGGAGUUAAGUUUCAGCUAUGGAGAUGUCCGUGUCACUGCCGGGGAGAACGGAGACAGCAAGUUAAAUUGCUCUUGUGGUAGUUCCUGCUGUUUUGGAACGUUGCCUUGUGAGAACACCUGA